AUGACAGCUAUACCAAGCAUGUCAUCGAACAUGUCAAACCUGACCGGAAUGCCGAACAUGCCCGGGAUGGGAGGCAUUGACAUGACCUGCCAAAUUUCGGUUAGUUUCCUGUCCAGCUCUUGGCAUAUCCGCUCGCGUGGUAUGUUCGCAGGAUCCUGCAUAGGCACCGUCUGCCUUGUCUUGUGCUUGGAGUUCUUGCGCCGCAUGGGUCGCGAGUAUGAUGCUUUCAUUCUUCGUCAAGCUCGUCUGCGCAAGAUGUACCUGUCUAGCCCGAUUUCCGGUAUAUCUUCCAAGUAUCCAACGGGUAAGACGAGUGAUUCCAGCGAUGUUGCUGUCCACCGCAAUACGGAGGAUUGCACCUGCAGUUGUCCGCCAUCUGCAUCCGUCAACCAAGACGAAAUUAUCACUACUAUUCCUGGCAUGGAUUCGUCGGGUGCAAAGCUCACGGGCCAAACUCAUGUUACCUCCAUCACUGCGGGCAAUGCCAACUUAAUCGAGAACAGCGCGGCUCAUCGCACGAACGCUGACACCAUUGGGUCGUAUCGUCCCUCUCCUGUUGAGCAAGUGAUCCGCGCCCUGCUCCACAUGGUUCAGUUUGCUGUCGCGUACUUGAUUAUGCUGCUGGCGAUGUACUACAACGGCUACAUCAUUAUUUGCAUCUUCGUCGGAGCGUUCCUGGGCUCUCUGGUUUUCUCAUGGGAGCCUGUGUCUCUGCACAAGGAGAACGAUGCGACUCAGGUCACCAAGUGCUGCGGCUAG